GAGUUUAAUCAGGGGUCACCAAUGCACCAUGACAGCAGUGCUCCUAUAAGCACGUUACCUCCUUGAAAUGCUUAGCGCUGGUCUCACACCAAUUCUGCAGCCGGUGCGACUUGAAGGCACUGUCAUACUGAGGAUCAAAGUGUAAACUGGGUUAUGUUCGUAAUGGAGGGCCCGUCAUCUCUUCUGUCUGCCACCCGAUCCGGACCGCUGAAGCUGGCGGAAAGGAGCGACUCCAGCGGGGAUGCAGAGUCCGAUCCUGCACGCGACAUGAAAACACACUUUCGCGUCUGUCGCUUCAUUAUGGAAACAGGAGUGAAGCUGGGCAUGCGCUCCGUGCCUGUGGCCACAGCGUGUGCUUUGUAUCACCGUUUCUUUGAACAUGUAAACGUACGUGCAUAUGAACCCUACCUGGUGGCCAUGAGUUGUGUGUAUCUAGCUGGCAAAGUAGAGGAGCAGCACAUCAGGACCCGGGACAUCAUCAACGUAAGCCACAGGUAUUUCAACAGUGGCAGCACUCCUCUAGAAUGUGACAAGGAGUUCUGGGACCUGAGGGACAGCGUGGUGCAGUGUGAGCUCCUCAUCCUCCGACAGCUCAACUUCCAUGUCUCUUUUGAACACCCUCACAAGUAUUUACUCCACUACCUGUUGUCUGUAAAGUCGCUGGUCAACCGCCAUGCUUGGUCUCGAACCCCCAUUGCUGAGACUUCCUGGGCGUUGCUUAGAGACUGUUACCAUGGAGCCAUGAGUAUCCGUCACAAACCGCAACACAUUGCAAUAGCAACGUUGUAUCUGGCACUGAACAGCUAUGGAGUGGAGCUGCCUCUCGGGGAGAAAGAGUGGUGGCAGGUGCUGUGUGAGUACGUUUCCAAAGCGGACAUCGACGCUGUGAUCUCGGACCUUCUUCAGCUCUACGACAUGGAGGCAAAGUGUAUAUAAAUGACUCGCCUACAAGUUGUGCAUAUGGGACCUAUGAGACUUAUUUUGUCUGCGUUUCUGUGUCUCUAGUUUCUGUGCAGCAUGAAUGUUUGUGUGUGUUGCUCUGUGCAACUGUUGGGGUUCAGGUGCAUUCCUGCGCUUGUGUCCCCGUGUGUUUGGGCGUGUGCACAAGAAGAACACUUUGUAUCGCCCCAGUUAAUCUGUGAGCUGUGACAAAAACACACCUGCACUACUGAUUCCCACCAUGAAGGGGAGACAUUUCUUGCUUUGUUGUCUCAGAUAUUUAAUUUUGGCAGAAUACUGAUAUGAUCUGGAAUAUGUCACCACCACCACUACCAGUAAUCUUAUCACUCUAUGCAUGACAUACUUAAUUACAAACCUUGUGGCUUUUAACAUCAUUGUUAAAAUCAGUUACACAUUUAUUAUUGUCUGGUUUCAUUUUAGCAUAUGUCUGCAGUACACUAAGACAAUAAUAAAUAUGCAGUUGAGAUGUAGUUGUUUUUCCACUGUGCUGCAUGAAUACAUAUCAAGACAUAAAAUUGGACUCUGUACCGGAUGCCAGUUUCCCCUUAAUUAAAAAUGCAGCCUUUUUAUCUCUCCAUUGGAUCUCAAUGCAAAAACAUAUUCAGAUGUAAACAUGUUAAUUGGCUUGAUGACCUCUGUGUGAGUGUUAUCAUGUCAUGUAGACCACAGUGGAGUAUUUGGCAGAUCAGAAGCCUUUUGGCUGAUGAAGUAUAGAUUUUUAUUCACUGCUGCUAUUUCUAGGGAGCUGUUCAUGAAUUAAUUAAAAUAUAUUUUGGAAUUUUUGGAGAAGCAUCAAGCCAAAAAAAACAUUUGUGAGCUCUGUCUGAAUUUGAUUUGGUGACCAGUAUUAGAACUUCACUGACACUGGAAGAUGCUGUCACAUGAGAUAAUAUUUAUUUUUUAUAUUUUAUAUAUUUUCUUUUGUGUCAAAGUCAUUUUAUGGUCAUAUAUAAUCUGCGGUACUGCGUGUUUCUCACUCUCGGAAUUUGUACCAAAGCACAGUGUUAAACACGCUUAAAUAAUGUCAAGACAUAUUACAGCCGGGAAUGAUUUGUUUACAAUGAAUAUAGGAUUAACUGACACAUUUUGGGGGAAAAAAAGCUUUGACGUUUUUUGUACUUGCCCAAGCAGUGAGGUGCAUCUAAUGUAUUACAGCAACUGGGAGUUAUACGAACUCACUACGGCCAUUAAAUGGUGCUCAGAGGAUCUUUUAAGUGAAAAUAAGUUUUUUAUUACACUGAAAAUCUAAGAACUGUGAAAACUGCAUUCAUAGACUUCGGCCAUCUGCAUGCUUCUAGUACAGAAUAUUGUAUUUGAAUGCAUAAGCUUUUCAUUUAUUUCUUAAAUGUAGACAGGUAAUAUAACAGUGUUCACUCAAGUACUGGUUUAAGGUACUUUUUAAAGAACUGUCUAGUGCAUUAAUAUGGAAUAAAUCAGCUCCACAUGUA